UCAAAACAUAUCAUGUGUAUGUGUAUUUGGCGUCUAUCGGGGAAUUAGCCAAACCUGUGUACAUUAACCAAUCAGAAGCGUGUAUUUUCUUGUGUCUCAGAUUAGCGCCACUUCACUGAUUUAGAGGGAAAACAAAAACACGUUAAAUUUUUCUACUUAAGAAAUCAAGAAAUCACCAUGUUUUCCUGUGGAAUUGUAUGAUUCCUAUAGUAGACCAUCAGUAAAUAGCUUUAUCUGGAUUCUGGUAGACCUAGACAGUGAAGAGUCAUGCCUAGGAAAAAGACUUCCAAACAGACAGACGGCCAGGGUAUGGAUGCGCCAUCCGCAAAACGUCGGAAGCCAAAUCAAGCUUCGGGGGCCACAAAACCAGACCAAGUCCCCAUUGACUAUCAAAAACUUGCCGCAGAGAUCCUACGGCAACAAAGUUUGCACCAACCUCAGUCGACUGGUGAAGAAAAAAACCAGGAACAGACCUCUGCAUCAACGGCAAUAUCACAGGUUAAUACAACAGCUUCAAUAUCAUCACAGCCUGCUACAUCAGGGUCACAAGCUUCUACAGCAGGGUCACAAGCGUCUACAUCAGCGACACAAGAUGCUACCUCAGGGUCACAAGCUGACACAACAGCAACAGUGUCACAACUGGUAUCUAGGAUAUUUGAAGGCAGCUUUCCAGUCUGCACCUCACUUAACCCGCCAGCCGACACAAAUCCCUCAAGCCAGUUUGAACAUUUGAACUCAUCAGCUUGCAAUCUUCUGUCAAAAGCUCUUACAAAGAGUUCAAGCGCAGCCUACAAAAGAUCAUGGGACAUGCUAGUGAGCACAUUUCCCUCCAUCAAAUUCUUGCCUGUCUCACCAUCUACAUUAUGUAACUUUAUUUCUUACCUAUUUGACAACGGAUAUUCUCCAAAUAGCAUUGCAACACAUGUAUCAGCAAUUAGUUAUGUACAUAAAUUGUUAGGCACAACAGACCCAUCGGAUACAUUUCUGGUAAAAAAGGUCAUGCAAGGCUGUCACCAUUCAGCCCCGUGUAAAGAUUCACGUUUACCAAUCACAGGUCCCAUUUUACACAAGUUAAUUCAAGGGCUUCAGUGCUCUGUUUUGAAUCAGCAUCAAAGAAUUCUUUUAAAGUCAAUUUUUCUUCUUGCUUUCAAUGCAUUUUUACGGCUAGGGGAAGUAGUAGUUAAGGCAAAAAGUCUAGCUAGCACAGUCAUCCAACGAGAAGAUAUUUCAUUUACCCUAAAUGAGAACUCACCCAUCGAAGUUGUAAUUGUCUUAAAACACUUUAAAACAAAUAAAACAAAGGACCUCUUCCAGAUCCACUUGAAGGCCUUAAAAGACAACAACAUCAUGUGCCCCGUGAAUGCCUUGUAUGAAUAUGUGAAUAUGUUUGGUCAUCACACCGGGCCUCUUUACCAGUUCAUUGGGGGGAAACCAGUCCCAUAUUCGUUUGUAGCAAAACAUCUUCAAAAUACAAUUCAAUUCAUUGGUCUCAAUCCUGCUCUGUACAAAGGCCAUAGUUUCAGGAUAGGAGCAGCUACACAUGCUGCAAAGUUAGGUUUUUCGGAAAACAGUAUUCAAAAAAUGGGCCGAUGGAACUCAGAUGCCAUUCGUCAGAAGUUAACUGCUAGGGGAUUGAAAAAACCAAUUAUUACAAGUGCACAGGUCAGAAGUAAACUGUGGUGCAACUGAAACUAUACACAGGUCAGAAGUAAACUGCUAUGUGACUAAAACUAUACACAGGUCAG